AUGCCUCAUUUUUUUAAUACUACUAUAGAUAUCUACUUACCUUCCGCUAGUCUCCAAAAAGUUGACAACAGACCACCAGAAGAAAUUAUCAAUGAAAAACUGUUGCACAUACUGGAAUCUGCUUAUCCUAAUAUUUUGGCUGUUGAAGACUUGAUUCGAAUCACAGCGGCUGAUGAAGUCAUGGUUCGUGAGCAGCUGAAGGAGCUUCAUGCUCGUAAUCUGGUGACUGAGAUGGAACAAGGGGGCUUUAUGCGGCAUGUGUUGGAUGAGAAAUCAGAGGUUCAACUUGUGAAACAAAUGCCAACAAUUGCAACCAAUCAACAGCCAACAAUUGCUAUCAUCACUGCCAUGUAUUACGAGAAGUUGGCCGUGGAUGCUAUGAUGGAGAACAAAACCACAUACAUGAAGUACAAAACUGAAGGAGAAUCUAAUGUCUACACUAUUGGUUUCAUUGGUGAACACAAAGUUGUGUCUACCAAAUUACCAGCCAUUGGACAUGCAAUGUUUGCUCAGAUAUCAUCAGGAAAUACUACAACAAGAUUGUUAGGAACAUUCCAGAACAUUGAGUAUGUCUUUAUUGUGGGUGUGGCUGGGGGUGUUCCCUACUACACUGACUACUACAAACAUGUUCGACUUGGGGAUAUUGUCAUCUCCAAAGGUGGGCGAAACAACAACAUCUAUUAUUAUUGUCAGAAGAUCUUGAAGAACAAAGAAGGUGAUCUUCAAUAUGUGCACAAAACCUUUGCCUCUAGGGACACCACCUUACAGCAGGUGGCCCAGCAGAUUGCUGAGACAGCUGAGCUAAAUCCAGACAGUGCCCCUUGGGAGCAGUACAUUGAAGAGGGUCAGGCACUUCUGCAAGGUCAAGAAGCAGAUUUUGUGCGUCCAUUGCCCAGUACUGACCGAUUGUACAUGAAUAUUGGCGAUGACAACAUCAUUGAAGUGGAACAUCCCCAGCCCCCACAGUCUGAUGGUGAUAUGAAGGUCCAUGUAGAGAAGCCCCGAAUUCAUUUUGGAGUCCUUGGCUCAGGUCGACCUGUUGUGAAGACCGAUGCAACUCGACUUGAUUUUGCUAGCAAAUACAACAUCAAAGCAUUUGAUACCGAAUUUGAUCAAGUUCUUGAGUCAAUCGAAGGCAAUAGGAAGGAUUGUUUCAUGUUCAUUCGAGGAAUUUCUGAUUAUACUGAUGGCUCAAAGAACAAGGAAUGGCAACCAUAUGCUGCCCUGGCAGCUGCCGCCUACAUGAAAACUAUUAUAAAGGCCUUAUCGAAUCCCUUAGUAGAUGAUAUGUAA